AUGAUAGAUACCAGCGCGACCGACUCGGUCAUCACGACAAUUAUCGGCACGACUUCGACCAGCCUCACUACCUCGUUCUCUACCACUGUGACCGUCACAGAUUCAACCUCGACCGAUACCUCGAUAACAUCCGACACGUCCACUCCACCGCCGACUACAGUCACCUCAUCCAUCUCCAUACCUCCCUCGACCACAGUGGUACCUGACACCAGCACUCCUGAUACGAGCCCAAGCGUCAUUAUUGCAACAGAAACAGUCACCCAAACACCAGCAUCGACCCCAGGAGGCUCUCAGACUCCUACAGUGGUUGUUGUUACCUCCACAUUCUCUCCGGAUACCCCGACUUCGGACACUGCUACCGCGUCGUUAACAGUCACCCCCACCACCUCAUCUCCCACACCAUCAACACUGAGUGCUCCAGGCUCAAGGUCCGGAUCUUCAAGUGGUCUCAGUUCCGGUGCAAAGAUUGCAAUUGCCGUCAUCAUUCCGAUCGUGGUUAUCGCAGCGCUAUUUUUGAUUGGAUUCUUCUGCUGGAGGAAACGGAAGGCCAGGAAGAAUGCAGAAGAACUGCGUAAGAGCGAGAUGGCUGAAUAUGGCUUUAAUCCGAACAGCGAUCCGACGCUCGGAGUUGCCGCGGCUCCGUAUACUGAUAAUCAAUCUGAAGGACAAGAUGACACGAGUGGAUAUCGCGGAUGGGGAGCAACAUCCUCGAAUCGGAAAGCUUCAACGACUCUCGGUUCCAAUGGACGAGCUGCUGGCGGUCUGGCUCUAUCGGAAAGCAGCAGUCAACCUGGCGGAUAUGCCCCCCAGGCUUCGCCGAAUGCGACCUCGGAUCAAUACUCUGCAGAUCCCUUGAUGAACGGUCAUCCAGAAAGCGGAGACGGCGUUGCAGCGUUGGGGACUGCGGGAGCGCUCAAUCGGAAUCGCAGUGGGACAGGAGACAUUCGCCGCGGUCCGUCUAAUGCUUCCUCGGCAUACUCUGAAGGCCACCACUCUGAGGCAUCUUCAGAAGCGCCUCAAAUGCCUGGCCCAUACUAUCAGGAAGAAGUCCCUUAUAAUAUAUAUAACGAAGCAAACGCCAGCCAUGGCCCGUAUGGCGAUGGUUCAUACGGAGGUACUGGAACGCAACCCGUCAUACGUGACAACCAAGCCCGAAGGAACACUCGCAUCGAGCGGGCACCGACAUUCCCGCAAGCCCAAGGCGGGAUCGCACAGAAUUUCUAA